CGGUGAUUCACUCCCUUCUUUGCCCCGAGGCCCCCUUCCCGGCCAGACAGCGGGCAAGACGGCUGGGUGUGCUGCAUCCUCGAACUCGUGAGCCAGCCAGCAGAUCCUCCACGUCCCAGCGACUCGGGUCCACGCCAUGGCGGACUCGGAGCGCUUCUCGGCCCCAGGCUGCUGGGCAGCGUGUACUAACUUUUGGCGCACCAGAAAGGGAAUCCUUCUCUUUGCUGAGAUUGUAUUGUGCCUGGUGAUUCUGAUUUGCUUCAGCACAUCGACAUCAGCAUACUCCUCCCUGUCGGUGAUUGAGAUGAUCUUUGCUGCUGUCUUGUUUAUCUUCUACAUGUGUGACCUGCACACCAAGAUACCAUUUAUCAACUGGCCCUGGACUGACUUCCUUCGAUCCCUCAUAGCAGCCAUCCUCUACCUGAUAACCUCCAUUGUUGUCCUUGUGGAGGGAGGCAACAGCUCCAAAAUCGUUGCAGGGGUACUGGGCCUAAUUGCUACAUUUCUCUUUGGCUAUGAUGCCUACUUCACCUUCCCUCUUCGGCAGCAAAGACAUACAGCAGCUCCCACUGACCCCACAGAUGGCCCGGUGUAGGUGAACCUUACUCAUCUCUCUGUGACCUGCAAAUAGCCUCUCCACAGACAAAACUCCUCCUGCCCCAACAACAUUCCCAGCCAAGUAACUCCCAGUCCCCCUUCUGCCCCCAUUGAGGUGAAAAUGCCUUUACAGUACUGGGGAUUGAACCUAGGGCUUUGUGCAUGCUAGGCAUGCAUUCUACCACUAAGCUCCAAUCCCUGUAAAAGUGCCUUUAUUGGGAGAAUGUCUCCCAGCUUGCCAAUCAAUCCUCCUUGGUGUGGUCACCUCUAAGGGUGUGCCUAGGUCCCCCUUCCUUCUGCAAUUCCAACAGGAGACACUAGUUCUGCCUGGAUCAUGCCCUCACUUAAGCUACAAAAUGAGGGAGGUAGGUGUCUAACAAUUUCAGAGUGAUCCACUGCAAAUAACCUCUUCUGUGUGUAGGGGGGUGGUCUGUGGAGGGACAAAUCAAUAAUAAACAGAUUGUUAAAAUCUA